UCAGGCGCCUGUGUGAGAACCCAGAGCUGUCCAACACUGGGAAGAAGGACUGUGUCUUUAUCAGGACUGUGUCUACUCUAGCUAAAAAGAAGUGGAUUCAACCUCUGACUCUAUCUACAUCUAGCUAGUUUAUGUACUCUGUGUGAUUUUAUAGUAAGGAGUCUGUGUCCUGUAUUUAGACCUUCAAAAAAUUAAAACAAAAAGCUAUAGAUCAGAGAUACUACCUGGAGAAAACUUUACUUGGAGAAAACGAAUAACUUUGCUGAUUCUGUAGUAAAGUGUAUUUCUAUGGUACGGCUGGAUUUUAGGGAGCUCGAGCAGGGAUUGAAGCAGCUUCUGGGGGAAUCUGGUCAAUCUGGCAACCCCAGACAGGGCGCAGUGAUUUGCAGCGUCUACUGUACUCUUGGAAAACAGAGUUUCAGUCACGGUGAGCUCGUAAAGACGCGACACAAGAAGCUCGGACAGGAGAGCCAUGCUGGGGAGGAGGAAGAAAGCAGCGGGGUCGCACAUUGAACAGCCCAAAACCUGCGAGCCGAAGAGCCCUGACCCUCUGAGGAGAUUCGGCCUGCUGGACGAUGAAGACGUGCGUGUGAUGCUGCAGGGCUCCAGGAUGGUGAAGGUGCGCUCACCACGCUGGCAGAAACACCGCGGCUUCCGGCUGCUGGAGGACUGUGUUACCGUGUGGUGUGAGUCCAGCAAGACCUCCCGCAAAGCCAAGAGACGCCAGACCUUCUGUGUGACGGAGGUGGAGUGUGUGCGGGAGGGCUGCCAGUCCGAGUGCCUGCGUCGGCUCGCUGAUUCCGUCCCCGAUUCUCAGUGCUUCACACUGGUGUUUCGUGGAGGGAGGAAGAGUCUGGACCUGUGCUGCUCAUCUCGUGAGGAGGCGCAGUGCUGGGUUCGGGGCAUCCGAACUCUCAAAGACCGUGUCGCCAACAUGAGCCAGAAGGAGAAGCUCGAUCAUUGGAUCCGAAGCUAUCUGAGACGAGCCGAUCUGAACCAGGAUGGAAAGAUGAGUUAUGACGAGGUCCAGCACCUACUCCAGAUGAUCAAUAUAGACCUGAAUGAGCAAUAUGCACGCACACUCUUCAAGAAGUGUGACCGCUCCCAUGAUAACCGCUUGGACCCUGUGGAGAUUGAGGAGUUUUGUCGGGAGCUGAUGCGACGGCCUGAGCUGGACGCUGUGUUUCGCCAUUACUCCAGUAACGGCUGUGUGCUCUCCACACUGGAGCUGCGGGACUUCCUGGGUGAUCAGGGCGAGGGUGCCACACUGGCCCAUGCACAAAAACUCAUCCAUACCUACGAGUUCAACGACUGGGCCCAGAAGAACCUGUUCAUGACUCAGAACGGCUUCACCAUGUACAUGCUGUCAAAUGAAAAUGACGUGUUCAACCCUGAUCACACACGUGUGUAUCAGGACAUGAGCCGGCCGCUGGCCCACUACUAUAUCUCUUCCUCUCACAACACCUACCUCACUAAAGACCAGGUGACGGGAGAAAGCAGCACGGAGCCUUACAUCAGGGCUUUGAAUCAGGGCUGCCGCUGUGUUGAAUUGGACUGCUGGGACGGUGAUAAAGGGGACCCUGUGAUCUACCAUGGACACACACUCACCUCUAAAGUAGCUUUUAAGGAGGUGAUUGAAACUAUUGCUCAGUAUGCCUUCAAGGCAUCUCCGUAUCCUCUGAUCUUGUCUGUGGAGAAUCAUUGCUCUGUGGAGCAGCAGGCUGUCAUGGCUCAGCACCUGCGCUCUAUCCUCGGUUCAGCUCUCCUUACCAAACCUCUCAGCGACCAGACACUCAAUCAACUGCCCUCACCAGAGGAGCUGAAAGGCCGGAUCCUGGUGAAGUCAAAGAAGCUGACUGGUCAGAUGGAAAAGAUAGGCAGCUCAGCCAGUUUCUCAUCCAGCUCAGAUGAGGAGAUCGGGGGCAGCAACAAGAGCCCCAGCAAGAAGGAGCCUGGGAAACCAGCGAACUCUUCUAAGAUAAGUCCCGAGCUGUCUGAGCUGGUGGUGUAUUGCCGCAGUGUGCCGUUUCCUGGAUUCGAAGCGGCCAGUCAGAGACCCCCCAGUGAGAUGUCGUCUUUCUCUGAGAAUGAAGCCCUCAAGCAUAUCAAAGACUCAGGAAAGCUUUUUGUGAGACACAACAGUAGACAGCUGAGCCGGAUUUACCCAUCAGGCCAGAGGCUGCAGUCCUCUAACUACGACCCACAGGACAUGUGGAAUGGAGGAUGUCAGAUGGUGGCUCUGAACUUCCAGACACCAGGGGAGCAGAUGGAUCUGAACCGGGGUCGUUUCCUGCCCAACGGGCGAUGUGGCUACGUACUGAAACCAGACUUCCUGUGUCAGCCAAAUUCCAACUUCAACCCCGAGAACACCGGCGGAGGCCCUGGACACAUACCCACUCAACUUACCAUACGGGUGAUUUCUGCCCAGCAGUUACCCAAGAUUAACACAGACAAACCCAACUCCAUCGUGGACCCCCAAGUUUGGGUGGAGAUCCAUGGAGUGUCUAUUGAUAAGGCCCGUGCCAAAACUCACCGCAUCAACAACAAUGGUUUUAAUCCACGCUGGGAUUGCACGCUGAGCUUUCAGCUGCAGGUACCUGAGCUAGCGCUGGUGCGCUUUGUGGUGGAGGAUCAUGACCACACGAGCAAGAACGACUUUGUUGGCCAGUUCACCUUACCCUUCAACAGUCUACGCAUAGGUUACCGUCACGUUCACCUGUUGAAAGCAGACGGCUCGAGCCUCUCUCCAGCUACGCUCUUCAUCCAUGUGAAGGUUACACGCCGAGGAAUCCCCAUCAAAACUGUGUCCGAGCGCCUGGGUAAAGUCUGAAACCCUCCAGACCCUGCUCCGUAGUGAUCCUAGAUUCUGAAGACGUCCUGCCCAGGUGGAUUGAGAGGAGCAGGAGCAGGAGCAGCCCGGCUCCCGAACUCCCUCCCAAAGAACCACGCUGAUGGCACCCAUGAGCCAUGUAACGUCCAGACACAAGAUCCCACAGAGUCUGUGCUUUUCGAGAGUGUUGCUCAAAGCAGAUGUGGCGUCUCCGUAGCCAGGGCUUCCAGACAGGCUUUAGAGUAGAGCUGGCUGUGACUGAUCUAUCACUAUGAACUCUUGCUGUUUCCUGUUUUGCUAGAAGAGAGUUGCAUUAUGUGGUCAGAGAUGUUUUUAAGUUUCCUUAAAAAUAGAGGCAAUGUUGCCAGACUGGGAUUUUUAAGACCUGACAUUUGACACAAGAUUUUUUGAUCGAGAUUUUUUUUUUUUUUUUAAAUUAAGUGUUUCUUGUAAUUUAACAUCUAAUUUUAUUUACAUUCAAAUACUCAUUAAGUGCCUGAUAAUGUACUGUUUAAAGGAUGUUCAUUAGUGUUACUUUACUUGCCAUUUUGUAAUAGUAUAUGGUAUAUAGAAUAAGUGGAUCUGAGGAUUCUUGAGCCAAAUGCUGACAGGCUAAAGAGCUAGCAUGUGAAAAAAAAACAGGUUCUGGGAAUGUGUUAAAAGGCAGUUAAGCAAGAAUUGACACAAUGAUGGAUAGAAAUGAACAAAAGUUGCACACAAAAGCAUUUUAUUAUAUGAAGUAGAUAUGAUCAGCAGUGUAGGACUUUAUAACACACAGCAUCAUUCAAUAUAGUUAUAAAUAAAAUACAUAAUGAAUUUGAGAAUGUAACACAAAUCAAGACCAUAGGAGUAUAUGUUUAGAUUGGACGUUUGUUGCAAAAUUAGUAUUGUUUGUCAUUAUAUGAGAGGUUUUACACCAGAAUAUUGCUUAAAGAUAUAAAUAAUAUAUAAAAGUUGUCUCUGUUUAACCUUACUGAGGAUUCAAACUUUAUGUCUCGAUGUCUUAACACCACAGAAUUGUGAAACUUGCCACUUAUAUGGUCUCAAAAUGUAGAUUAUGCUGUUUGACAUUUUAAAGACGUCUACUAAUGUGUGAGGUGUUAAAGAUGAUACUGACAUUUCACCUUUAAUACUGUAUACAAGUCAUUUUUACAUGCUAAGUAAAUGCUCCCAUCAAACAAUGUCACAACGCCAGACUAUCCAGACGAGCAGAAGCAAAUACAAAUGGCUGAAAUAAGAAUAAAGAGACAUACAUUUUAAAUGAAGGCUAGAUUUUACUCAACCACAUGUGUGGUAUUUAUUUGUUGACUGAUCUAGCAUCAUUGUAAAUUAAACUCUUGCCACCUACAAACAGAAUGCAAAAAUGGAAAUUAAGUUAUGGUACAGGAAUGAUGGCUGUUGUUAAUAGACUCAGGCAGGAUUGUUCUUCUGUACAAUGGGAACCCAGAGGACUGUAACUUAACAGAGAACAAAUCAGAAGUGAUGUUAAAUAUGGACUACUGCAAUUACUAAAUGUAAUUAUGUACAACUCUUGUGUAACAGAUGUUUUAUAAAACCUAUACAUUUUAUGUUUAUAGUGAACAUUAGAUAUACAGCAUAUAUAUAUACACCAAUCAGCCAUAACAUUAAAACCACUGAUAGGUGAAUAACAUUGAUUAUCUCUUUACAAUGACACUUGUCAAGGGGUGGGAUAUAUUCUUGGAGUUGAUGUGUUGGAAGCAGGAAAAAUGGGCAAGGGUAAGGAUCUGAGCGACUCUGACAAGGGCCAAAUUUGAUGGCUAGACGACUGGGUCAGAGCAUCUCCAGAACGGCAGGUCUUGUGGGGUGUUCCUGGUAUGCAGUGGUCUUUCCUUGGACCAAAAGUGGUCCAAGGAAAGACAACCGGUGAACCGGCGACAGGGUCAUGGGUGCCUAAGGCUCAUUGAUGAGCUUGGGGAGUAACGGCUAGCUCGUCUGGUCUGAUCCCACAGAAGAGCUAUUGUAGCACAAAUUGCUGAAAAGGUUAAUGCUGGCUAUGAUAGAAACACACAGUGCAAUGCAGCUUGCUGUGUAUGGGGCUGUACCGGUCAGAGUGACCAUGCCGACCCCUGUCCACCGCCAAAAGCGUCUACAAUGGGCACAUGAGCAUCAGAACUGGACCAUGGAGGACCAGUGAAAGAAGGUGGCCUGGUCUGAAGAAUCAUGUUUUAUUUUUGUGGCCAGGUGUGUAUGGGAAGAGAUGAUAUCAUGAUGCACUUUAGGAAGAAGGCAAGCUGACGGAGGCAGUGUGAUGCUCUGGGCAAUGUUCUGCUGGGAAACCUUGGGUCCUGGCAUUCAUGUGGAUGUUACUUUGACAUGUACCACCUACCUAAACACUGUUGCAGACCAAGUACACCCCUUCAUGGCAACAGUAUCCCGUAAUAGCAGUGGCCUCUUUCAGCAGGAUAAUGCGCCCUGCCACACUGCAGAGAUUGCUCAGGAAUGGUUUGAUGAACAAUGCAAAGAGUUCAAGGUGUUGACUUGGCCUCCAGAUUCCCCAGAUCUCAAUCCGAUCAAGCAGCUGUGGGAUGUGCUGGACAAACAAGUCCGAUCCAUGGAGGCCCCACCUCUCAACUUACAGGACUUAAAGGGUCAGAGCUGUUUUGGUGGUACAAGGGGACCUACAUAAUAUUCAGCAUGUGGUUUUAAUGUUAUGGCUGAUCAGUGUAUAUGUACCUAGAUGCUUGACAUUGACUUUUUAAAAAACAACGUUAGUUUUUAAAUGGCCUUUAGACUAAGUAAAACUACAAUCUGGAUAUUGCUACAAGCACCAAGUCACAGUUUAGGGGCUUUACAUUAAUCCUGUGCUAAUCACAUGCUGGUCAGUGUAAGACUUUCUGUACUUGCAAGCAAAUGGUUUUAGAUUUGUGAUAUUUUGAAAUAAUUGUAGUUGAAGAAGCAUGUUUACAUUUUAUAAACUGUCACAUUUUAUAACCUAA